GAAAAUUCAAUGGAAACCCGGCCAAGCGAGUCGAAUCAAUCCAUCAUCCAACGUCAAUGUGAGAAUUCGUCAUUCGUCGUCGACGAAUUUCGGCAUGCAAUCGUACUUCCCAGCUCUACAGUACCCCUCGAACUGUACCGGGAAAGGACGAACAAUCACUCACUCCUUUUUGCAGAUGUGCUGUCUUCGACAACCCAAUUACAAUUUAAUACGACGUUCUCUCACCUUCGUAUCCUCACAAGGUCAACCAAUCUUCCUGUAACUUGAAAAUUGAGUCAUAAUGUCCCAAAAGAGAAAGAUUUCUGUUUCACGAAUGAUCUUAUCGACGGUUUUGUUGGUGGGGGGUUUGUCGUCAUGCGAGGCAUUCACCACUGCUCCUCAAUUGACGAGAGUGACAUCGACACAGAAUAUGCUACCAGUUUCGUCUGUUUCGGACUUUUCAUCAAUCGCUAGUGCCGAUUCCUUUUCUAUGCCAUCUUCAUCUUUUGAACUGUCAGCUGCUACCCUCGAUCCGACCACCAUCUUGUCGGAUGUUCUUGGUGUGUUCAUUGGAACUCCCAUCAUUUUGCUUGUUCCCAUCCUUGCUGCCUUGGGAGUUGCUGGAGUCCUUGCUUAUGGAAUUGUUGCUUACGCCAAUCCCGAAGUGGAAGAUGACGAGAUUUAAAUGAUCUUAAAACAAAUAAAAUAGAAARAAAGCUACCAAUACGUUUCGGAAGUGGCGAACAGUUCUGCCAAGGUAGAAAGGAAUAUCUGCUCAAAAUAAUAUUUGCUCUGCGUGCAAAGCAAACAGAUUUGUUUCAUUGUGAAUGAUGGGAGUUUGAGAAAGAGGGCAUGUCUGUUUCCGACAUGUAUCUCCCAGGCAAUUGGAAUUCCAAUUAUAAUAUCAAGUGAUGAAAGAGUUGAUUCGUUUGACUCUUACGAUGCUCUCCGUUGACAAYUAUGUUUCUUGACGUUGAUGGUCAUGGUUCURCACAGUAUCAUGUUUCCGCAGAUUCUUGUACUGGUACUAAAMAGAAAAAUUGCCUAGGAUUUGGGCUCGACRUCUUAACGAUUAGAUCGCCAUCUUUGCUUCGUAAAGAAACGUACCUGCAGUUCAUCAAUAAUACGAUCAUGGGCUACAUCGAUGAAUGUCCCAACGAUUUUCUCUCUGUCCCUAAGUCAACCAUGUUGUUCCAAAUUGAUUGAGAUGGAAAAUUGAAUACGAAUCGCAAUCCUGAAUAUAUACAUCUCCGCCUUCCCGUUGUUCGACCAGAAUGUGAAAGUAUUUGGCAUMAAGAUAUUUUUGUUUUUCUAGUUUGGAAUUAAUUUACUGUAGCUAUUUGCGGUUUUGGCGGGAAAACCGGUGUGUUGUAAAACCAAUCGGAAUCAGUUCGCAAAAUUGAGUACAUGCUGUAACCUAUCGAAUUGAUACAAUGGAUGAAUGGCGUGACCUGGUCUAGAAGGAAAAGAGACGGUCCUUGGAAUGACCGAGUGCCACGAGAUUCGGGGUACAUCCGCGGUCCAACAUGAUCGGCGGACCGCACAUGAGAUUCCAUACGUCGUCUCCUUUGGGAUACAAAUGGGUCUCGAAUAGCGCCUUGUCRACGAAUCCCUUAGAAUAUUUCCAUCCCUCUGGAACAGCAUCACUCAGAAUGUAGUGAACCUUGAACUUGUGUGGGAAUUGAACAGCCCAUUCGUCAAGAGUGGAUCUCAUUAAGAGAUCACCCUCCUCACGACAGGCAAAGAUGAGUGAGAUUUUGGUAGGAUCCUUGGGAUGACGAAGAAUCUCAGAUGCAAUUUGCAUGACAGGUGUAAUACCUGUACCUCCGGCAAUCAUGUUGAAAGCAGUGGCUGUUUGCGGUUCGUUGUCAACCAAGAACUUUCCAUCUGCGUGGUAUUCAAGCUCGCCUACGGGUCCUCGGAAGUCAAGGAAGUCGCCAAUUUUCAGGGAGUCAAGGUACUGACUCAUCUUUCCUCCGUUGGGGAAUCGAGGAGGGGCUGGUGGGUAAGCUUUGAUCACAAAUUUAACACAGCCAACAUCGUAGUUUGAAGAAAUCGGAGUGUACCGCCGAAGGACAGUUUCUCCAUUGAUCUUCGCAGACAAAAACAUGUGCUUUCCUGUAGGGAGACCCAACACGUGAUCGGGAGUAGGAAGAGCGAAGUCAAGCAUGAAAGAAUCUCUUGAUAGGACGACUUUAUUUUGAAGGCGGAAUGGUGUCUUCUUGCGGGGAUUGAGGGCCAGCUUGCGUCCCUGGUCAUCGACAAGUUCGUCAUCCUCCUUCUUCUCUUCUUCGCCAGCCGCAGAUGCUUCAAGGUCUCCGAUGUAAUAUCUUUCAAGCAUCUUAGUCGCCUUMGCAGAGUGAAUGGCAACGAAGUCCUCCGUAGCAUCAUCACCGGCAUUGAUGGUGAUGGAAUCAACUCCACCAGGGUGAAGUUCGAGGUACUCGGUACAAUCAUAAACUCUGUUGUUGACAAUAAUCCAUGUAUCAUGUU